GUUGCUCUCUUUUAGAGUAUGAGAAUUUUAACGAGCAGUUUAACAGGACAUGUGGAAGCUGAAAUUGAAAAAAGUAUGAGGAAAGUGGAAUAAAUGCAUUUGAAGCAGCGGUGGAAGUGAUUACCAGAGGAAGAUGAAUAAAGAAAAAGUUGAGGAGAGUAUCAUGUCCUACCUGUCACAGAGUGAGAUGGACACCAACCGCAAUGACUUGAAUGUUGUGGCCAUGCUCCAUAACUUCUGGGAGCAGAAGCAGAUGAGUCAGUCAAAUGGUUCCUCCACUGAGGCAGAUGGUUCCGUCAUGGAUGCAACCGGCAGGACUGAGACUUUAUUACUGUAUGAAUCUUCACCUUCGCCUGGACCCCCCUACGUCUGCUAUGUCACCCUGCCUGGAGGAAGCUGCUUUGGCAAUUUUAAGGUAUGUGACACUCAGGCUGAGGCUCGAAGGGAUGCAGCUCGUGUUGCCUUGAUGAACUCUCUUGUGAACGAGCUGCCGUGUCGACGAAUCACCCCUCAGUUCAUCACUCAGAGUCUGCAGCAGGCUGCCACAGACAGCGCUGUCUCUAUAGAAGAUGCCAGUGAUUCAGGCACCAGUAUAGGAGCAUACAGUCUGCUGCUCCACUCAUACAUAGGGAAGACCAUGCUGCAGUUCCAGGAGAUGAUGACAGUUUUCCAGUUGCUGCACUGGAAUGAGACACUAAAAGCUCUGAGGGAAAGGCAGUGUUCUCGACAGAGUGUGAUUUCUUAUUACUCUCAACGAGGACUUGAUGAAUACAUGCGGAGCAGCAUGGCUCUGGAUUGGCUUGGCCGAGAGCAGAAAUCCCCAGGGCAACUUGGAGAAGAGUUACAGGUGGCACAGAGAGAACUGGUGUUAGCUCGACGUAGAGGCAUAGAGCUGCGCUUCUACAAGGAGAAAACAGAGAUCCUCAGCUUGGCUCUGAGCCAGGCAUAUAUACAUCCCACACCUGAGAUCUUCAACCAGGCACCAAGUCACACAUACAAGCAGGAACAACUCCCUUUACAUAAACUGUACAGCCAGGACACAGAGGUUGAGAUAACCCCACCCUGCAGUCCUUCAUCAACUCUCUAUAAAAAUACAAAACAAACAGUCAGUCAGACCUCUGGCAAACACACACGCCCCAACAGCCCUGCACCCAGCUUUCAGCAGAUCUGUGUGCCUGGGAAUAAACUUUAAUAGAUUAAUGCAUAAAAUAGAGGAUGGACUAUAAAAGUUGUCAUUGUGGUGGAGGGACUAUAAAACGGACCAUAAAAGUUGUCAUAUGAUUCCAUGAAUGACCUUAAAAUCCCACAGCUGGGGUAACUUCAGGUGUGACUUUGCCACAGAGAACUAAAACCUCAUGGUUUCCUUAACCAUCCAUAAACAAAAGGGAGUAUCUUUGUUAUUUGUUUGUGUGUUAUUCAUAUGUUGGCAUAAAAAUGUUUAUAGUAUAGAACUAACCCGGAUAAUGCAUUCUCAAGGCAGAUAUAGGAGAUAUAGUAGCAUCUACCAACCUUAAUUAGAAACAGAGUUAACCAAACCACUGCUUUUCUUUUAAUUUAUGGUUGAUUUGAUUUUGGGUGUACAUUGUGAGUCCCGCAUAUGACUACAUAUAAAUACUGUUUGUUUCUUUGUAUGUAUGUAAUAAGGAGGUCAGUACUAAGUACCAAUUGUCAGUAGCAGCUAUAAUUAUCAAGGUUCAGGAAGACCAAGACCUCUGGACUGCUUUUAGUCUGAC